AUGUCUAAACCUGUUGUUCUUGAAGACGUUACUGGCGGAAGCGCAAAGGCUACUCACCUUUGUGUUUUAGUUCACGGCCUUUGGGGGAACCCAAGCCAUAUGCGCAAUGUUGCUAAGGCUUUGCGCGACGAAUAUUCCGAAGACGAAUUGUAUAUCCUGCCUGCCGAGAAGAACUGCGGCAACUUCACAUACGAUGGCAUCGAGCUUGGUGGCGAGCGCGUGUGCGCAGAGAUCGAGGACAAGUUGCGCAACAUUGAAGAGCAAGGAGGCAAGAUCACCAAGUUGAGUAUUGCAGGAUAUUCGCUCGGUGGUCUUGUCUCGCGAUAUGCGGUUGGCUUGCUUUAUGCGAAGGGAAUUCUCGAUAAUCUCGAAUGCAUGAACUUUACCACAUUUGCUUCCCCCCAUCUCGGAGUGAGAACGCCACUUAAAGGAUGGCACAACACCGUUUGGAACGUCCUCGGCGCCCGAACCCUAUCAAUGUCCGGUCGCCAACUUUUCACCAUCGAUAAAUUCCGCGACACCAACCGACCUCUUCUCGCAGUGCUUGCCGAUCCAGAUUCUAUUUUCAUGUCUGGUCUCAAGAAGUUCAAGCGCCGCACACUAUACACAAAUAUUGUCAACGAUCGAAGUGUUGUCCACUACACAUCCGCCAUUACCAAACAUGAUCCUUAUACAGACCUUGAAAAGGUCAAUCUCAACUACCUUAAGGGAUACGAGGGUGUGAUUCUUGACCCUGACCAUCCUAUUGCGCUUCGACCAAAACUUCAACAAGAUACCCUAUUGACAGACUACGAAGCUCUCAAGAAGUGGGUCAAGAGCAUACCAUUUAUGGUGACAGUCGGUGUUAUAAUUCCGAUCGGAGUUGUUGUUUUCCUCGCCAACUCUGCCGUCCAAACAGUUCGAAGCGCCAAUCGAAUCAAAGCGCACGAGUCAGGAGAGGCUGGAUUGAAGAUCGAGCAGUAUCGCAUGCCCCUACGGAUUAAGGAGAUUCGAGAAGAAGUCGAACAAGCCUACGAGGUCCUCAACAGCUCACAGAACCAGCAAUACUUGGCGGCGUCAGACUCAGAAGAUGAUCUGGCCUAUGAUGCUGAGGAUCGCAAGCUGCUGAAGAAAGAGCGCAGAAUGUCGACCCCUGGACAGCCUACGCUUGCGCUGACCCCUGAUCAGUUCGAGAUGAUUGAGAAUUUGGAUGAAGCUGGUUGGCGCAAGUUUCCUGUUCACAUUCAGAAGCAUCGACAUAGCCAUGCAGCUAUUGUCGUGCGCAUGGAUAAGGAGAGUUUCGCUGAUGGCUGGGUUGUUUUGAAGCACUUUGCUGGAAGUGAGUUCCUCAUGUAA